GGAAGUUGCAGUAAGCGUGCGGCAGCAACAGGAGCGGUGUGUCUCAGGCGGGUGUAGCUGUUUCUAAGAACUACUCUUGACUGUGGAGAAACCCUGUGUGGCAGUAUGACCAGUGUGGAGACGGUGACCGCAGUAGGUCAGGUUUUGGUGGACCCAGCAGUGGGCCUGACCCGCCGCUUCAGAGCCUUAUUCACCCUGAGGAACCUGGGAGGUGCUGAGGCUGUGCAGUGGAUCAGUAAGGCCUUCAGUGAUGAGUCAGCCCUGCUGAAGCACGAGCUGGCGUACUGCCUGGGACAGAUGCAGGACACGAGCGCCAUCCCCUCCCUCACUGCAGUACUCAAAGACACACAGCAGGAUCCCAUGGUCAGGCAUGAAGCAGGAGAGGCUCUGGGGGCGAUUGGUGAUCUUGUGGUUCUGGACUUACUGAAAGAGUAUAGUCAGGAUCCCGUGAUAGAGGUAGCAGAGACGUGUCAGCUGGCUGUGCGUCGUCUGGAAUGGCUGCAGACCAGAGGAGAGAAGCAGCUGGACGAUGGGAGCACAGAUGAGAACCCUUACUGCUCUGUGGACCCCGCCCCCCCGGCAGAGAGGAAGAGUGUGUCAGAGCUGCGCAUCGCCCUGUUGGAUGAGACUCUGCCACUCUUUGAACGCUACCGUGCCAUGUUCGCACUGCGUAACCUUGGCAACAAGGAGGCUGUGCUGGCACUGGGAGACG